AUGUUAAAACCAAAUAACCUCGAUUUAUGUUUUCAGCAACAGGUUGCGAACAAGCGUCUCUACCACCUACCAGACUGCAACUCCGGCACCAUGGACAGCAACAGGCGUCUCCUGCAGGUGAUACGGGAAAUGCGAAGUGAAAUGAAGAAGCUCGAGUGUGAAAACAGCGAGCUUCGCGGACAGCGGUGUCAGUCGAGAACAAGCUCAGAAAUUGUGGAAGAUACAGCUGUGUCGACUGCCUUUCAUCAUCAUGUUAAUUCCGAGGAGACUGCGUCCCUGGCGAGCCUAAGAAGAAAUAUUUCCGUCCCGCUGCUGGAAGGGCAAUGUAAAAAAGAAAACAUAAUGAUGACUGUAAGAAGAUAUUCCAUUUCAUCAAAUUCAUCAACCCGUCCAGUCCCGAAGAAGAAGCUCUCUGUGGGCAAUGCCCUGGAUAAGAGAGACCUGGGAGAGAAAAACAACGCUCUGGAGGAAAGCGCAGAGGAAGCCUCGUCUAUAGCCGAGAAUGGGAUUCAGGGUCAGGAUAGCACAAGACCACCAAAUACCUUCUCAAAGGACACAUUCAAGAACAGAAGAUUAUUAAAACAAUAUGUUCAUAAAUGCAAGGCCAAAGUAAAAUCUGUCUCUUUCCUCCUACCGGUGGAUGACUCAUCAUAUUCCGAGCAUCAAGCCUCACAGAAUUACCUGCAGGAUCAGAAUUCAAACGAUUUAAGAGGCAGCAUGGAAGAGGACAUGUAGCUGUGGGAUCCUUUGUAUUAUAAUGCUGGGGGCAUAUAACCAUGGGAGCUGUUGUAUUAUAAUGCUGUGGCCCCUUUUCCUCAUAGCACCAGUACCUUCAUCAAGAUCUAUCUUCAGGUUGGAGCCCCUUGUGAUUAGUCUUGAAGCUUGUUUCUCAAAAAACCUUCACCCAAGAUAGCCUGGAGACACAGGGGUGUCUGGAGAGCGCUGGACUUUAUCAGCACUUUGAACCUACCUCCACUGAUUGCUGGGGCUUCCAGCGUAUAGGAUGGUUAGCUCAAGACUCUUAACUUAGCACAUACCUGAUAUAAUUUACUCAGUGUCAUGCAACAAAGGGGUGGCUGAAACUGGUAAAUAUUGAUUUUUGCUAGAAAUGAUUAUCUCACUUUAUUCUGCUAUUUAUUUAGAAUAUGUAUAGAUACAGCAGUGAUAGAUAGACAGGUAGGUAGACAGAUAGAUAGACAGACAGACAAAUAUAUAAUUUCUCUCUUCCAUAAAUAUGAGACGCACUUUGAUAGCCGAAGAGUAAAACAUAGUAAAACAGAUUGUUUUGUGUAACCGAUAACAAUAUACAGCACUGAAUAGGAAUGGUUUUAUUCUAUAAACUUUAAAUAAUUUGAAUUAUUUUGUUAUAAUGUACAUGCCACAUAUUAUGUGCAACUGUAGUACAGAAUGAUUAUAAUACAUAAUAAUUAUACAAUCACGACACUCUGUUGCUGAGCUACUGUUAAAUGUAGUAAUCUUUAUACAAUUUUAUAUACACACUGUAACUUUAAGAAAGCAAUUUGGCACUACAUAUGAGUGUGUAUUUGUCAAGUAAGAUAUGUUUUUAUGAUGUAUAAUAAUGUACAUAUGCUAACACUGGGAAUAAAAAAAUAACAUUACAUUUUAGCUUCUAGGUCCAUGUUUCAUAUACAUGGUGUUCAGAACACAUUUGAAACCACUGGCAACCCAUGGUGCCAUGUUUCAUAAAUAAUUCAGAAAUGCUAACAAUGUUGUCUUAUCUACUCUCAGUACACUACAGACAUAAUCAGCAUACAUAUCCUACUAAUCCCCCCCCCCAUCCCCAGCUUGCAGUUAAAUCUCACUGACAAACUGGUUCACAGUUAGUUACAAAUUUAAUGCUACAUAAUCAUAAUCUCUGCAAAUGUUGGAAAUAGCUAUUGCAAUUUCUUUGAAUUUGAAAAACAGAUUAUAGUAACUACGCCCUUCUUCGGACUCG